CAAAAAAAUCACAAGAGGAAGGCGUCGCUCCGCAGCCAAUCAGAUCGCGAGCCAACCGUCACACAGCUGCAUUUGAAACAGCGUCAACUGGAGAACAACACGGCUCUCGUUAACGGUCUCCAGUGAAAUCUGUCGAGGCACUGUAACAAUGCCUCCCACACGGUCUAGUUCUCUCCAGUGGCAGCCCAACAGCAAUGCCGGGACUAACGGUGUUGGUACUCGUGCUAAGCGUACCACGAUGAGCGUCCUGGGAGAGAACCAGGCUGUGGGCAAGCGGAAGGCUGAAUCUCCCCUCAAGAAAGCUACUAAGCGAUCUGCCUUUGGUGACAUCACUAAUGCUAUUGGUAAGUCAGCUAAUGACACCAAAAAUGUUCUGAAGAAUGUUGCCAACACCAAGGCCUUCAGCAAGUUCAAGGACAAGAAGCCUGUUGAAGAUAAGAAGGAAGUUUCCAUCAGGCAGCCUACCAAGAGGGUCUCUGCAGAGAAGCCCUCCAUCAAGACAGUCGUUCCAACAAGGCAGGCACUGUCUCGCUCUACUAGCAAUCCUCUGGCAACCCGCAAAGCUACAGCUGCUACUGCUUUAGAAACAAGCAUUUCGAAGCCAAAAGCUACUGCGGCGGCAAAACCUGCACCUAAGGAGCCAGUGAGGCAGUCAGCACGUUUAUCUGCCCGUCUUAGUUUGACCAAUGAAUCUAGUGAGAAUUCUUUGUACGUCUCUGCUCUUGACAUCAAUCCUGAUGAAACUUCCAACCAAGGCCCUGAGGUUGAACCUUGUCCUGAAGUGAAAGAGGAAGCUCCUGUUUCCAAACUACCUGCUGGUGUUGAGGACUAUGACGCUGAAUGUGCCAAUGACCCUUUUGCUGUUUCUGAGUACGCCAUGGACAUUUUUGAGUACCUGAAGAGUAGAGAGCCCAUGUUCAAAAUUGAUGACUACAUGGACAAGCAGAUUGAUUUGACAAGGUUCAUGCGGUCUCUGCUCAUUGACUGGAUGGUUGAAGUCCAGGAGAACUUUGAACUCAAUCAUGAGACCCUGUACCUUGGAGUCAAGAUUGUUGACAUUUAUCUUUCCAAAGUCACUGUCAGUAAACAAACCCUUCAGCUUGUUGGAGCUGCUGCCAUGUUCAUUGCCAGCAAGUACGAUGAAAGAGUACCUCCUCUUGUUGAAGAUCUCACUUACAUUUGUGACGGAGCGUAUACUCAUGAUCAACUGAUUGCAAUGGAAGCAAGCAUCUUGAGAGUGAUUGGCUUUGACCUUAGCAUGCCCCUCUCCUACAGAUUUUUGCGACGUUAUGCUAGGUGUGCCAAAAUCGCCAUGCCUCAGCUCACAUUGGCCCGGUACAUUUUGGAGUUGUCCUUGUUGGAGUACAGUAUGGUGACUCUAUCAGACUCCAAACUUGCUGCUGGCGCCCUCCUGCUUUCUCUGAAAAUGCAGAACCUUGGUGGCUGGACCCCAACCCUAGAGUACUAUUCUGGCUACAAAUUGGAGGACAUCCAUGAUAUUUGCCAUCAGUUGAAUGACAUGCUUCAUAAAAAGCCCAAGACUGCUGUCCAAACAGUUCGCAACAAAUAUUCUCACAAGGUGUUCUUUGAAGUGGCCACCAUUCCCCUUGUGGAUGAUCUUAAGUUAUAAGAAAUUGUAAUUAUGAUGAUGCUUUCAUAUCAGGAGAUUUUAAAGCUGAUCUUUUAUGAAAUUUGUAAAGACGUAAUUUUUAAACACAAUUUUUGAUGUUUUUCUUUUUUGAAUAUUUAAUUUACUCUUUUAGUCCUGAAGUGAGCAAUUGAUAUCACUCGUGUGAUAAGUUUUAAGACUUGAACAAACCUGUUACCCAUGGUAGCAUUAAGUGUAUAUAUGUAAGCUGUUCUCAAUUUUAAUUCUUGAGCACAAAUAUAAGUUGUCUGUUAUAGGCUUUGUACAUUUUUGCAUGAUUUUUGCCACUCCGAAGCUUUAAAUUUAAUCAAUCCUUUGACGAAUUGGGGAAGAAUGUACAUCAUGAUUGUUGAUAAUGUGUGAGAUUUUAUUGCUAUUUAUUCAUGAUAUUGUGAUUGCUUUGCACUUACCAGUAUUAAUCAAAAUUUCAAGGGGGAAACCUCAAAUUGAAGACCCACCCUUGUUGGGAUUGUUUAUUUCCAAUUGGUGAAAUGAAUUUUAUCUCCUCUUUCCUAUA